ACUGAUGCAGCGACAGUAACAACACGUUUCUGAUAAAAACUUUAUAUGUCAAACAGCCAAAGUGUCCUUACAAUAAAAAUAAUAUAUUCUUAAUUCCAAACACUGCCUAUUCUUUUCUAGCCGAAUGAUAAAUCUCUGAAAUGCCGUUUCUCAACAUUUGUUUUCGAUUUAAGAAGCAAAGUGUGGUAGGCUACCUAGAUGUUCCUUAACGACAUUCGCUCCUGUCUGCUUCUGGUUUGUAUGGGAUCGUUAUUUACCAUAGGCGGCGCAAUAUCAUGCAAUUAUUGUAAUUUGAAAGACUAUGGGAAGGGGGAGUAUUUACAGAUGUGCCCUUAUUACUCCAGCAACAAGCAGGCAAAUGCUGAUCGCAUCACUUCAAAGCAGUGCCCAACAAACUUUAAAUGCAUCACGUACAAAUAUCGGGGUGACGAAGAGGACGGCAGCAAGUACCAAACAAUAAUUUUCGAUUGCGUUUAUUAUAACCAAACUUGUGAGAAUCUGAAACUGGACUUAAAAUUAAACAACCAAAUGUUAAUAUCGUGUCAGAUUUGUGGUCAACAUGACUGCAACAAACCUAAUGCAAGCAUGGUGGACACACUCAGCGAUUUGGAGAGCCCAUCUGACUUCCCUGAUCCACCCGGAAGUGGGACGAAGCUAUCGUCCACUCUAUGGUUUUUCCUGUGUAUUCCGGCUAUGUGUCAAUAUUUUGUUGUUUCUUUUUAUUAUUGUGGCGUACUCUACAUCCUAAAUUUAAGUGGUCCAGUUGCGAGUAUGCACUGUUAUAUUUGAUCCAUUUUAUUUUAUAUCAUGGGGAUAAUUUUUGGUCUCCAAGUUCUUUUAAUCUAAGUAAGCGUUAUUUGCAAAGCACAAAGCAUUCAAGUUUUAUAAAAUAAGCAUGUUGUUAUGCACCGGUCAACGGAUGAUGCACGUUCGCUUCCUGUACCAAUAUAAUCAUGAUGUGCAGCCACAGUCAAAAAGCGUAGGUAGAGGGCUGAUUAACUGCAGAUAUGCCACAUUUCUCGGAACUUUUGAGUACUCAUAGCGUAUACAACCAGUUUUACCUUCUUUCGGACUUCAGAGAACUAUUUCCCAAAUCAAACUUCUAAAGGUCAGUUCUGAAGUAGCGAAAGGUCACGGGCAUGUUAUGUAAUAAAUCAACAGAGUUGCUACGGAGUGUACACAUUCGGAGAAUUAAACAGCAAUGUUUGGGGCAAGCUGACGUAAAAUCAGGAGCUGACGACAACUGAUUUGGUUGUCACAAGUAUGUGGAAGCUUUUAAAACAAAUGCAAAUUUGUCUGAUAUUCAUAACCGUCAUAAGUUUCGCCACCGGACAGGAUGUCGUCGGACCGCCACAAUGUCCACCGGACUAUGUAGGGGAUCCUGCCACAAACCGAUGUUAUGGUUUCCAGAACGGGGCCCCGAAAAACGAUCGUACAUGGGCGGAAGCCCAAAAAGCCUGUCGAGAGAUUGGAGGAGAUCUGGCCAUGAUGGAGCGCGAUCCCCAGGCUGCGCUGAGAUAUAUACGGAAGAAAGGUAUCGGAAAGGGAAUAAAUUAUGUGUGGGUUGGCUCCAACGAUGCCGCGCAAAGGAACGCAUUUACUUGGUUGAGUGGAGCACCAGUUAAUCAAAAAGGAAUUUUGAAAUUUAAGGAUACAUUUCCAACGCCUCACGAAAAACCUAACUGCAUAUUUUUUGAAUUUUCAUCGAAAGCAGAAGAAAUUUACAUUCAAAAUGCACCAUGUAAGAAGGACAAAAUGAGCUUUGUCUGCCAGAUGCCAAUGUUCAUUCCGGGUCAAGGAGGAACUUAUCCAACGGACAAAGGUGGCGACGACAAGAACAAACCCAAACCGGUAGUCUCCAGUGCUGGCGAAAUUGCUGCGAUAAUGCCGGAAACGGCCGGGGCCGCGAAAAUUGUGGCGGUCAGCGCCGAUAAACUCGUGCAAGCGAGAAGUGAGCUCAUAGCGCAAAUGUUUGGAGCCCCCAUUCUGAGUGAAGAUGAAAUGGAGAAACUUUUGCCUCGAGGUCUCUUGGCGGCAAAUAUCAGCGACGGCGCUUUGAAUUCAGCGCGGGCGCUGUUAACCGAAAUGACCGGCGACUAUAUGCAGAAGUACAGGAAGAACAAUGUUACCGAAGUAGCCAAAACGUUAACCGCGUAUUUGCUGGAGAAAGGUCGUUCAAUUCGGUGCACUUAUGGGGUUAACGAAAAGCAGCGCCAAGUGGAAUGCAUCGCCGCCACGACCGGCAUAAUUGACAGCUGCAUUAAGGCCACAUCAGUUGAUGGAACCAUUGUCAGAGACUGCGGUCUCCCUGGCAUGAAAUUAUCUGGAUGCCACACCACCAUUCAGGGUGUCGUGUGUUUGUGCAAUCAUGACCUUUGCAAUUUCGCUGCGAGGAAAUUGUUUUCUGGCCCUCUGCUGAUAGGAUCUUUUGCUGUAGCCAUCAAACGUUACUUUUACUUGAUCAUGUAAAACAUUUACUUGUUCUUUAUACAGAUAAAGUUUUAUUUUGCCAUUAAUUGAAACGACUGAUUACAUACAGCCUUUACUCACAAUUUCUCAUUUUUGGAUCUUAUUGGCCUUUUUAUCUUUUAAAUUUUGUUUUCGAUGUUUUGCUCCUGCCAGAGUAAUUUGAAAGAAUUAAAAUCAGCAG